UGCCCGCGCUGCCAUCCGUGGAUACGGCUGUCAAUCACCGGGUCCCGGCUGGUGAUUACUUGCCGGCACCCAGUGAUUUCCCGACGGGGAGGAGAACUGUUUUGUUUACUAACCGUUCUCCUCCCUGUCAGCUCGGGCACACUGCUUUGGAUGGCAGUGUGCUUACAGAGAAGCACACUGACACGGCCCCUAUGUAAAACACUCCCAGCACACAGUUAACCCUUUGAUUGCCCCUCAUGUUAACCCCUUCCUGCCCAGUGCCAUUAGUACAGUGUCAGUGCUUUUUAUUAGCAAUGAUCACUGUAUUGGUGUCACUGGGGAUGUCAGUAACACCAAGUCAUUUCCCCCCAGUGUCAGAAUGUCUGCCGCAGUCUCGCUAUAAGUCGCUG